AUGCUACAGCAUCGGACAGUUCUCCAGAACUUUACUUUGGCUAUUUCAGUGUUUUUUCUGUUAUUAGUGAAACCUACUAGUGGAAUCAACUGUUACGAAUGUACAUCCUCACAAGGAUCUGAAUGCGUAUACAGUGCAACUUCCUGUCAAUAUGGAUUAUUCGGUUGUGUCAAAAUUGCAAUUUUAUCAGGAGGAGUAGAUAAAAUGGGAAUGUUUGUCGACCGUGAACGAAGCAUUAUAUCCAUGAUCCGAGGAUGUGCAAUUGUACCAUUUGGAGGCGUUGACAUGUGUGAACAAACGACACUCUUCGGAACUCGUGUUCUCAAGUGUACAUGCUUCAACGAUUAUUGCAAUUCCUCAUCCAGUCAGUUGGUGCCGACGAUAUUGCUCACUUUUCUUGUCGCCCACACUUUGUUAUUUUUAUUCGGUUGA